UGAAAAUGGAAAAACUAAGCAGAAGCAAAGUUUUGGUGGUGGUGCUGAGCAGAAAUUCGAAGUAUUGAAGACGGCAAUGAAAUCGAAAUGGAUGAUGAUUUAAAGUCAUUAAAAGGAUUUCACCAGAACUGGUCAGAAUUCACCAUAGCAUUCUGGCCACAUUUUAAUUAGGAUAAAAAAAACACGAAGCUUAUGCCAUUAAAUCAAAAUUCGAUAAAAUACUUUUCAAGUGAAUACAACAAAACAGACGACUCACAUACACACACAUAUAUAUAAUACCGACAACAACGUUCGACGAAUGCUCGUCGUUUAGGCAAUAGUGAAUUAGGAAAUAUUUUGAAUUUGAUUCACAGCUGAAAAUGUUCUUACGUAGAAUGUAUAUUAUGGAAUGUGGUUAGUGAUUUAAGUGUAGGAACCAAAUUGUGCCCCAGAAGACGUUUUCAAAACACGUCUGUCUGGUGGUCAUGGAGCCUUCUGGCAAUUCACCAGAUAACAAUGUCAAUAGCCUGCAAGAACAUCCACACCAGCCAUCACAACCGCAGCAACAUCAUCAACCACAGCAGCAAAAUGCAAGCACUGCACAACAACAACCGCACCCGCAAACAUCGUCGCUGGAACGUCUGUCGAGGCCCAUGGCAUUUGAUAAGAUGGAAAUUUUAGUGAGAGAAAUGCAAGAUCAAGAAUGUGGCGUCCCGGUUCGCAGCCAAAAGCUUUUCCUAACAUCGAUUCCGUCUGCUUUUAUGGGCUAUGAUUUAAUUGAAUGGUUAAUGGAACACUUAUCGAUCGAAGAGUCCGAAGCAUUGAACAUUGCCAAUCAAUUAUGUUUGCAUGGCUACUUUUUUCCGGUUAGUGAUAGCAAAACGCUUGUAGUGAAAGACGAUUCUUCACUCUAUCGUUUUCAAACACCAUAUUAUUGGCCAUGGCAGCAUAAAACACCCGACAACGUUGAAUAUGCCAUUUACCUCGUAAAACGUUCGUUACGAAAUAAACAACGUCAUGGGCUCGAAGACUACGAAGUCGAUGCAUUGGCCAGUUUGCAUAAAAACCUCAAAGCAAAAUGGGAUUUCAUCACAAUGCAAGCCGAAGAGCAAGUGAAAUUGUCCAAAGAUCGAAAGAAAGGCGAUAAAAUUGUUGCCGAUUCACAGGAACGUGCAUUUUGGAGAGUAUAUCGACCGCCACCCGGUCAAUUUACACCACUUGAAAGUUGCCCGGUGCCGUCCCGUGAUCGUCAGGGAAAACCACGACGUCGUACAUCCGAAGACGUGCAACGUGAAGUCGUUUAUCUCAAGUCAUCGCUCGGUCGUACGCGCAUCAAAAUGUCACAAGCUUGUGAAUUUUUGUCACAAUAUUGGGAUACAUUUUCCGAUUAUGAUUUCUUCUUGCAAUCAGCACUGCCAUCGAAUCCAUGGGUGACGGAAGAUCAAACAUUCUGGGCAUUGAACAACAGCAUCGUUGAUAUACCAACCGAAAAACGUGUUAAACGUUGGGCUAUUUCAAUUGAAGAGCUCGUAUCCGAUCCAACUGGUUUACAGGAGUUUACAAACUAUUUACGCAAAGAGUAUUCACAUGAAAAUAUUCGCUUUUGGAUCACGGUUAAUGAUUUAAGGCGGUCGGCACACUCGCAAAUUGCACGAAAGGUCAGGGAAAUUUAUGAAGAAUUUCUUGAACCGGGCGCACCAUGUGAAAUAAACAUUGACAGCAAAACCAUGGAAAAAGUUCAAAUUGGCUUAAAAACACCGUCACGUUUUACAUUCGACGCAGCAUCCGAACACAUUUAUGCAUUACUUUUGAAAAAGGACUGUUAUCCACGUUUCAUACGAUCUGAACAUUAUAAAACAUUGUUGGGACGUGGCAUCCAACCACAACAUAAAAAACGAUUCUUCAAUUUUGGCGGACCGCCCAAAAAGAAAAGCUCAACAACUGCAACACCAAAUUUAGGGCUUCUAUCACAGACGCCAUCGAUGAGUUCGAAUGCCCCAACAACUGUUCAAGCUCUAUCUCGUCGUCGAGGUAGUGAUCGCAGUUUAACCGGCUCAGCGCAUGAAUUGGCAGUGUGCGGGGUAAAAGAUGCCAGCAACAAAGUUCCGCAUUCACAUAGUCAAAGCAAUUUAAGCGAUAUACCAUAUAGUGUAUUGAUUUACAGAGGCGAUAUGCCGUCGGGUAAUGGUGAUGCUGUCAGUGGCGGCAGCAGCUGUAAUAAAGAAGUACCAAAUGUAAUAGCCUCCACUGCAACUGGAGUACACAAUGCUUCUAAAAAUUAUCCAGAAGGGACGAAGCUGAUGCCUGAAAAUUCCGAAACAAAUUUAGCGCCUGGGGCUGCUUCAAGCUCAGUAUGUCCAUGGGAUGACAUUGGUACUGGCGACAAUACGGCCGUUUCAGUAUCAGUUUGUCCAUGGGAAGAAGAAGAACCACCGACAACAUCAAAACAGGCCAUUGCUAGUUUUCUAGCCAGAUCAAGAAAUAAUUCAGCUUUUGAUUCCGGUAGCUCGUCGUCUGAUAUAAGCGAAAUAUCGGAACGUAUGCGAAAAACAUGCGGACUACGUCAAAAUACACUCGACUGCGAAAUGUUGCCAAGUGGCAAACGACUUGCACCCAUUUCCACUGAACCAAGACGAGCAUCCAUUACCAUUACGCCGAGAUUAUGCGAUAUGCCACUCUCCUUUAGACAACAAAGUGGUCCAACAACCACUACGAAUAUUGAACAUCAGCCGUCCUUUGAUAAAUCCAAAAAAGUUGAAAGCACUGUGGAAACAAUACCAACCGUAACAAAAUCAUCAAAAACGGACCUAAAAUCACAUUCAAGCAGCAGUUUGGCCGCAACACAAUGCGACACCGCAUCAAUUCCAUCAACAUCGUCACCGCAAUUACCAACGAAAACCCGAAGUUUUGAUGAUCGUGAAUGUUUGCGUGCGGCCACAGCAUCAGUGUCGGACACCGAAUCAGAGGCGGCCAAUACAAAAGGCAUUGACAGUGGUAGUACAAAAGUGACUGAUGAUGUAUGCCAUGAUAAGAGAAAAUCUAGUGAAAAUAUUAGUUUACAUUGUGAAAAUAUGGAACAAAAUAAUACAAACGUUGGGCAACAUGAACAAAUUUCGGCUGCACUUUCAAUUGCAAGUGAUACUAAUCUAGAAGCAAGUUCAUUAUUGUCGGACGAUGCAAAAGUGCGAAGUGAAAGUUUAACAUUAAGUGCAUCACCGCCAAAAAUAACCGUUAUGUGUGCACCAUGUAUCGAUGAUAUAUUGGCCGAAACAGCCGCUCAACAAGCGGAAAAAAUUGAAUGUGAUGUGAGUGAUAGUGAAGAGAUUAUCGCUCAAACUAAACAAACUGACGAUGAACCUCUAACAACUACAAUAACGACAACCGUUGUCGUGGUGCAAUGUUCAACGGGUGUUGAUUCACGAAAAUCGUCCACAUCACCAGACACUAGCAAUUUAAAACUUUCGCUAGAGCGAAAAACAUCCGAUGAAGCACCGAUGAUUCAGCAAGACGAUCUGUCUCCAUCAAUGGACGAAUACGAAGAGUGCCAUCCAACACGUGGUGACUAUCAAUAUGAUACAUUAACCGGUGGUGAGGUGUUGGUGCCUGGAUGUGUGGCUCCUGCACCUACGCCCGCACCGCUCAUUGCCCCAUUAGCCGAAAUCGAAAUUGAUCCACCGGACGACGAUAUAGCUGUCACGGGAAUUGAAAAAACAACCACAAUCGAUUCGGUAACCAACCUCGAUACGGAAUCAACUGCCAAAUUGCAACAACCACAGCAGUCACGUACAAAAAAGAAAAAACAAAAAUCAACCGACAAAGGCGAUGGAGUGCAACCGAAACCAAACGAAGAGAAAAAUCGUAAUGCCAUUUGCCCAUGGGAAGAUGAAGAAGACGGUCCGUCGACAUCCGAUGAUAAAUUUGUUAAAACAUAUUCAACGCUUGGAUAUCUCUGAGUGCAUAAGCUCUCCUUCUCAUUUCGACAUGUAUGUGUGUGUAUGUCACCAUUGGUGCAACAGAAGCAAACCAAUAACACAAAAUACAAAGCCAAAGAGACUUUUUUUUGAUCGUACAAACAAAACAUUAAACAAAUGAAGAUGAAAUUACCACAAACACAAUAUAGAAAUACAUAAAUAUAUUAAAAAUGAACAAAAAACAACCCUUUCGCCACUCGUCAAACAGAAUACACACACAUACAAUACGCAAAAGAAAUUCAAUAAACAUAUUACAAUAAAUAGCAAAUAAGAUAAAACAAAAUAACAAGGAAAUAAAUAAACAUGAUUGCGAACUCACAAAUAACAGAAAAGCGGUUAGAACAAAUAUGAUUGUAAUUCGCUAAGUGCGUCAUUGAAUUUGCAAAACACGCAACUUAGUUUCUAUUCGACAACAAUAACAAAAAUACCAAAACAACAAAUCCAGACAACGUAUAAACAACAGAAUUUAACAACAGAAACGGCUAAAAUGACAGCAAAACCAAUAUGAAAAUCGCAAUUUCAAUUGUGAAACACACACACAAAAGAUAUAUUAUAUGUAUAUUGCCUGAUUUGUGCGCCCACAAAAUAAAACAUAAAAAAACGAAGAUUAAGUAAGCAAAACAAAUAAAAAAAAUAACUUUUUUUGAGAUGAUAAAAUCUAGCUAGUACCUAUUCCCUAUUUGUAAAAGUAUUAUUGAUGAUAAAAGAACAUGAAUAAAGAACAACCCAUACAUUACUAAUAAGAAAAGCGAGGACGAACAAAAGAAAGGGAAGAAGAAGAAGAAAUAUGAAUUAUGAAUAUAAAACAAAAACUCUACGUGUAUAUUAUAUAUUGAUUGUUUAUUAUGAUUAUUGCUAAUUUAAUCUAAAUGCAUAGCUUCUGACAUGAAACCAAACACAUACCAUUUAUGAAAUAGAGCCAUUGGAAGCCAAAAAAACGAAAAGUGAACAAUGUGGCAGCGCAUAAUAGAGGCCAAAUAAACACUCUCUUACACAAACUCUUCAUUGCGUGAAUUUAUGCGAGCUAUGUAAAAUGCGGACACGAACGCGGAUUAGAUCAAACAUAUAUACGCACAUCAAAUAUUAUUCGAUAGAUAUAUCGAAUAUACACAUACACACAACCAUUUUCGGCUAUAUAUUUUUGUUUUUGCUUGGAUUUGUCAAAUUUUUCCACUCUGUCUCUAAAUCUCUCACUCACUCGUUCAAUUUCUCACUCUUGACACAAAUAUUUACCAAAAGCAUUUCUCAAUUUAUAAAUGAUAUAUAGAUGAAACAACGCCAAAAACUAUAAUCGAACCCACUCGAAUAUACCGAACGAAAUCGCUGCUUAAAUGACAAUGAAGACAUCAUCGUCAUCAUCAUUAAACACGAUUAUAACAAUAAAUCAAUGAAAACAAUUAUAAUCACCAAUCACAAUACACGCGUGUGGAUUAAUUCUAUUAUUCGGAUUGUGGUGCACACAUCGAAGAAGAAUUCAUUUGCUUAUGAAUAAAUUAAAUUCGUUCGGCGACUUCAAUUCAAACUAAUCUCAUUUUAAUCACAACAAAAUCAAAUAGCAAAUAUGUGAAUUGCUGUAAAAAGCGGAAUUUUUCUCUUUAUUUGACAUUUUAUCGACUUUGAUGAGCAUGACAUUGUUGGUUCCAAUAUCUUUACGGUUUAAAUGCCUAAAAAUGAAUUAAUUUAAGGAAAAUGGUUUAAGAUUCAUCAACAAAGCUUAGACGGCAUGUAAAUAUGCGAAGCCCCGCAUUAUUUCAACUUGCCCUUUUGAUUGAUCAAUUCAAUAACCAAUUUCGAUUUUUGCAUCGUCAAAUGGAUGCCAAACAGACUCGUGACUUCAUAUUUUUAAAAAUCUGCAAAUUUUCUUACAAAAAUAUGAAAUUAUAACUCUUUGAAAGAAAAAAAAAACAAUUGCAUACCAUUUGUAUGUUGCAAAGCUUUCUUUCGUGGGAAUUUUUCAGAAUAAAAUUUAGUACAUUAAAUUCUAAUACAGCAAAUACCAAAUUCUAGAGUAUAGGACAGUUUCGUCAACCAAAAUAAAUUAUAUUAUGCUAAAAAAUAUAAACAAAUUUAACAAUUUCACCUAUAAUAUUACCAACAACAAAAAAAAUUUAGAAGUUAAUUGUAGUCGUUUGUCGUUUAUUCGUUGGUAAUGGAACAAUAAAACUGUAGCGAGAAUAAAUAAAAUACAAUAGAGAGAAGCUUUUGAAUUGUCCUGAUUGAACCUGAUCCUGAAACAGACAUUUUUUACACUCUUAACAAAAAUAAAAGAAGAAAACGUUGGACCAAAGGGAAUGAUUUUAUACGAAUUAAAGAAAUAAGUUAUAAAAAAGUUCACAAUUCACCGACUCCGCAUUCAAAUUCAACACAACCAUAACCAAACUAAUUGGUUCAAAUCACACAUACCCAUACUUACAAAAAUUGCACAGUCAUGAACAAUGAAAAUUACAAAUUCACAGGACAACAUCAUUUCGUGUUUUUUUUUUUUAAUUUAACUAUCUACAAUAUCAAUUUUCACUUUGAACAACAGCAAAACCUAUUGUCAUCAUAAUAACAUAAAAAAAUAUGCGUACAUACAUGACAAAGUAUAAAUUCCAUACGAAGCGCAUGGAAAUCAUUUAAUCAAACUUUCUUUAUAUAUUUAUAUAGAAAAUAUAUUGUUCACACAUUCACUUAAUAUUAUGACAUUCAUUCAAUGUAAUACGCUAUGGAAAAGAGACAAAAAAAAACAACAAAAAAAAAUCUACAAAAAAAACUCUAUAUCAGAUAAACACAGGCGGUGUAUUUGACGUCGCAUGAGUGAGCUUCGUGUGUCAGUUAAAUGUUAAGACAUAAGUUUAUGAAUCCAUAAUGUUGACAAACAAUGUACACGAAGUGUUAAAUUCGAGCUGAAAGUUCGAAACGAAAUCAGAAAGAAAAAUGUACGAUUUAGAUUAAAAGCGAGAAGAAAUUUAAGGGAAAAAACAAUUGGAAACUGUAUUAUGUUUGGUGCUUGUAUAAAUGAAAUUUAAACUCAUUAUACAAACAUAAAGCAUGUGAAAGUCAACAUAAUAACGUGGGACAAACUCAUGAAAUUACUUACAUAAAUAUUGACCAAGUUUAAUCGUUAGAUAAUAAGGGAGUGUCAUGAAGUAUUGUUUGAAGAUUUUCCUCGUCACUUUUUGGGUUAAAAAAUUUCUGUUACCAUUGAAACAAAAGUGUCUCUCACACUCUCUUUCAGCUACAGUGAGAUAAUAACCAGAAUGACUUUUCAUUUUGACAUCGAGAUAAAAAGGCAAUCUCGACUUUUUGUUUUUGUGUGCAGAGCAUUAGUUAUGAUUUCACAAAUUUUCAUUUAAUGGCACACACUUUCAAUUGGUUUGAUGGUCGCCUAGAUUUUUUUUAUUGGUAAAAUGUGCAUUUAGAGAUCCACAUAAAAAUAACGCGCUUCAUUUACCCAAACAAUUCGACAUAGACAAAUACAUUUUUAGGAUAUAGGGCUCUAUUUAUAAAUAGAUAAUGUAUAUGAAGAAAAAAAAAUUCCCCAAAGAAGCAAUAACCCAGAUUGCUAUUUUGCAUUCUGAGUGUGUACAAUCUAUUCUUUCGACAACAUAAUGCCGAACAAUAUAAACCGCAUUCAAACCAUAAUGCAUUGGAUACCACAAGCAUGUUUAUCAUAAGGAGAUAUGUCGAUAAUAAUGUUACGAAAAGAGACUGAUUCGGUUUUGUGUUCAGCAUAAAAUGCAAAUUAAUUUUGUCCAAUGCACUGAAUUCUUCAUCGAACCCGCUGUGAAAUUAAUAUACAUCAGAAACCGAACUCUGCUUUUUUUUAUAUUUUAUUUGGUUUGUUUUUAGGAAACCUUUUGAUUUGUAAUCGAUAUGUGCACUUUGUUCGAAUAGAGUCUGCCCCCUCACAAAAGCCGAACGUACAAAAAAACAAACUGAAACUAAUAUAUAUAUCAUAAUAAUAUAACAAUUCCAAGCACAAAUUAAUUUAAACAAUAACAAUACAUACAAAAAAAUGAACCUAUUUUUCUUAAAAAUGUUCUAGUCAGCAAUGAAACGUCAAUGCUUACAAGUUUGUAACAGAAAAGCUUUGAAUCUAGAUGAAUAUAAUGAUUUUACAUACCAAAAAGAAAAUGUAGUUAAACAAGUUACUACUGCAUAAUAGACAUUUAAACUUUCAUGCAUAUAUGCAUUGUAUUGUUUAGUCUUUUUUUUCAUUCUCUAGUCAAACUGUCUCUUGUCUGUAUUAGCUGUGAAAAAAAUCCUUUUUUUUGCAUACGAGGAGAUAAAGUUGUUGACUUGUAACCAUUUCAAGAGCACAAACUAAAUUUUAAGCUAAAAUAGAAUAUCGAAUUCAUGUUCAAUAGAAACUGUUGUUGAAUUCAAAGUCUGCGCUUUCGUUUUGUCCGCUUUUACUCUGACUCAAAAUUAAACGCAACUUUUGUCAAAUUAUGUCAUCAAAUAAAGCAAAAAGGAUAAAUAAUUAGAUUCGCUUAUUUAUGUAGAAACGAUUUGUCAAAAUGGCCGAAAAUCAAGUCUAAGCUUCACUCCUUACCGCCACUAAAAAUGCUUUGAAUGACAGAAUACCAACCAAUUUCGCCACUACACUUACACGCAAAGUUUGCGCUCCAAAAUACAACAAUAGCAAAGAAAAUGCAAAACUCAAGCAAGCCGAAACGAAAAUUUAUUGUUUAGAUUAUGUAUUAGCCAAAGGAAGAAAAUAUAGUUAAAAAAAAGUAACAACUGAGUAUAGAAUACGUUAAAAAAAAACUUGGAAAAUAACUUGUGAUUAUUGCUAUAACUAAAUGAAAAUUAAUACUAAAAUUGAGAUAAAAAUUGAACUAUUUCAACAUUUAAAUUGAACGAAAAUGCUUUUUGCGAGAAGGGAAAAAAUAAAAAAAAUGGUGCAAAAAAAAAAUAAAAAAUAAAUAUAUAGUGAAUUAGAAAAAGGAUGGGUUCUGAGAAUCUGUGUCUUAUUAAAUGAUGUUGACUGGAAAUUUUUCAGAACUCUUCGGACAGACACAACGAAAUCAAUGGUGAUUUUUUGUUCUCAUUCAGAAUUGCCGUGAUUCUACCGUCAAGUAAGCGCUAGAUUCAAUUAUGGCCUAUAAAAUUUGUUAAAGCCAUAAAAUUUAUUCGCAUUUUUCCUAUUGAAAAUUAAAAAAAAAUGAAGUAAAAAAUUGUUUACAAAAAUUCGAACUCGACGAAAUUUUUUGUUCACAAUCAAUUUCGCGACAUUCAUAGUUUUGAAUUCAAUCUUUAUUAGAAACUUUUUGAAGAAUGAAAAUAAAACUGAAUAGUUAUUUCUCUUCUCUCUAAACUUUGAAACAAUCAAGUCUUUUUUCAAACUAUUCAAAAUUUCUUUCAGACCGAAAAUUAAACCAAACACACACAUUUUUAGCGAAAAUAAGUUGACAACUGUAGAAAUAAUAAAUAAAGAAAUAAAAAAAAACACUAAACAACUACAAACCAAAUGAAUGGAAAACUGAAGCACAAAUAUUGUUGUAAAUCAAUGUAAAUCUUAUAAAAUAGCAUCAAAUCAAGAAAAUAGCAAGAAUUUCCGAUGAGAUUGGCAACGGUGCCAAAUGGGCAGCAGAUAGAGCUGUGGCAACAUCAACAAUUGCCCAUUGCUCUUUUCAUCUCUUUGUCUGUUUUGAUUCUUUUUCAAAUUGAAAUUUAAAAAUAAAAUUCAACUUUUUAUUCGUUCACGUAGAAUUUACGCCAAAGCAUUUUCUAUCCAAUUUAUUGAUUUUAUAGAUUUAGGAAAGAAAAAAUACAAAAUCGAAACUACUUUCAUCCUUAAAAAUUCAUUUUUAUUCUCUCUUUAUGUUAUUUAAAACCUACCGUGUAUACCUUACCCGACCUUACCACCCCGCUAACAUUCACACUUUUUAUGACGAAUCAAUAUGACGAUUGUUUUUGUUUUUAUUUAAUUUCAUGUUUGUUACCAUUUCAUUUUAAAAAAUCAAAGAGAAAAAAAAUGAAACAAAAAAAUUUUUACAAUUUUUUAUAAACUUCUUCGGUUUUGUUCUUGACAAUUUAAUUUAAAAUACGUACUUUUAGAUGAUUUUAAUGUGACAAAAAAAAGAAGAAGGAAAUACACAAAUAUAAGUAUAUUUGAGGUGUAGGCGAUUGGCUGUAUUUGAUUGUAGGCUUGAUGUAGGUAUUGGAGGUUACUACAAAUCUACACUAAACAUCAGCUGCGGACAAUCGCAUGCAUUUUUCACAUAUGCAUUGAAUUAUUAAUCGAUAAAUGAACUUAGGAGAAAAAAAAAUCUUUAACAAAAUAUUAUAAAAUGUAUGCUUGUGAAACAAAAAAAAAAAAA